AAGUACCGCGAGAGUUUCCAGAGCGGCAGCUAGGUUACCUUGGAAACAAGCCCAAACAUCACGCGCUGACGCCACACUGAGCUUCAUUCACAUUCUGAAGUUGUGACGCGUUUCAUUCUAUAAUGACUGUCGAUUAUUAUGUGACCCUGGAGCUGAACAGAGACGCAACAGACGCAGAUAUUAAAAAAGCAUAUCGACGUCUUGCGUUGAAGUUUCAACCGAGCAGCAACAGAAAACCUGGAAGCAGCGAGAAGUUCACUCAGCUGAGUGAAGCCUACGAUGUUCUCAGCGACCCUAAGAAAAAGGCCACGUACGACAAGUUUGGUGAGGAGGGUCUAAAGCGUGGUAUUCCACCUCAGUGUGGCAGCGAUGGAGCUUGGUCAUCUAAAUAUACCUACCAUGGGAGACCAGACAAAACAUUCAGGCAAUUCUUCGGAGGUGACAACCCAUUUGCGGAUUUCUAUACUAACGAGGAACCACUUCAGUUUGGUGGCCUCCAGCAAGUAGUGGUGAAGACACAAGACUCUCCAAUAGAGAGAGACCUUAAUUUGUCUCUGGAUGAUCUCUUCCAUGGAUGCACGAAAAAGAUCAAGAUUUCUCGAAGAAUUAUGAAUGAGGAUGGACACACAUCGAACAUCAAAGACAAGAUCCUGUCUGUAGAUGUAAAACCUGGAUUGAAGGAGGGUACAAGAAUCAUUUUCUCCAAAGAGGGAGAUCAGGGACCGAACAACAUCCCUGCAGACAUUGUAUUCAUAGUGCGACAGAAGAGUCAUCCUCUGUUUGAAAGACAAGACAAUGACCUGAUCUACAAGGCCCACAUUUGUCUGGAGAUGGCCCUGAGUGGAUUCUCUGUGGAUGUGGAAACACUAGAUGGCAGGAUACUCACCAUCCCCAUCAAUGACAUUGUGCACCCUACAUACAGAAAGGUGGUGAGUGGAGAGGGAAUGCCGUCAUCCUGUGAACCUUCACAGAGAGGAAACCUCGUCAUCACGUUUGACAUCCACUUCCCUGAGAAGCUCUCUGCAGAGCAGAGGCAUCUGAUCAAGAAAGCUUUGAAAUAAAUACUGAGCACAUAUCAA